AUGCCGACCUCCGCAUCUCCCCCAUUCACUCCCUUCUGGGCUUCCAUCCAGCAGGGAGAAGAGGCGAUGCCUACGUCAACGCGGGGCUCAUUCGGUGUAAAACUUUCUUCUUCUGCGUAUACGCGGGGUGGUGGUGGCGGGGGAAGGGGCGGGGGAGCAAGGAGGGACGAGGCAGCACGAAGGCAGCAACCGCACCAGAGGCUGAGGCGCCGGCGGCGAACCAGCGACCCUAGCGCCGGGGUUAACCACGUCUCGUCCACGACCUCCCUAGGGGAGGAUUAUGAAGAUGAUGACCUAGUAAACUCUGAUGAGGUUAUGAAGAAACCAUGUCCAGUACAGAUUGUCCUUGCUCAUGAAGAUGACCAUAACUUUGAGCUUGAUGAAGAAGCUUUGGAGCAGAUACUGCUACAGGAGCACAUACGAGAUCUUAACAUAGUUGUGGUAUCUGUGGCAGGAGCUUUUCGUAAAGGGAAAUCAUUUCUGCUGGACUUCAUGCUUAGAUAUAUGUAUAACAAGGAUUCUCAAAGUUGGAUUGGUGGAAACAAUGAACCAUUGACCGGCUUUACAUGGCGAGGUGGUUGUGAAAGAGAAACAACAGGCAUACAAGUUUGGAAUGAAGUAUUUGUGAUUGACAGACCUAAUGGAACAAAAGUAUGUGGUGGUGACAAGCCUUACAUUGCACCUUCAGAUCUGGAGCGAAAACACUUGGAUCUCAAGGAAGUAGCACUUAAACAAUUUCGUUCUGUGAAAAAAAUGGGUGGAGAUGAGUUCUGCCGUCGUUAUCAGGACCAGCUUGAAGCUGAAAUUGAAGAAACCUAUGCAAAUUUUAUAAAGCACAAUGAUGGCAAAAAUAUCUUCUAUGCUGCUCGUACUCCUGCCACACUGUUUGCGGUCAUGUUUGCUAUGUAUAUAAUCUCAGGACUGACUGGCUUCAUUGGCCUGAACUCUAUAGCUGUCUUGUGUAACCUUGUCAUGGGGUUAGCACUGACAUCCCUUUGUACUUGGGCAUAUGUUAAAUACUCUGGGGAGUUCAGAGAAAUUGGAACAAUGAUUGAUCAGAUUGCUGAAACACUAUGGGAACAGGUUGGUAUCUAUCUUUUGGUUUUUCAGUGACUAAUCUCAUUUUCCCCAUGACUCCCUUUAUUCCCCACCCCUCCCCUGCAGUGUUUACAUAUCAACACAACUAUUUUCCGUUACAUGAAGAAUGAUAAAACUAUAUUUUAUGUUUUGUUUAGAUACAGAAUGUACUAAUUAAAAAUUUCUUUUUCUUUAAAAUCAUAAUGUAUUUUGGUUAGCUUAAAUCUGUAAUAUUCUCAGGAUAGAUUCUUAGUUAUAGGCCUGACUUUGCCAUCAGUGGGUAGGACCAGGAUCUCUAAUAAUAUUUUUUUUUUGUUUGAGAAAAUAAAAUAUAAUCAAUGAAUAGUUUUAAAGGUGAGGAAAAGAAGUUUGGAAGUAUAGUCAUGCUUUUGGAAAGAAAAAGAAGUUUCUUACACCAGCAAGAAGCAGUGCAGGAAAAACAUUGGAUGACAGACUCCUGUCAUUGCCUUCCAUGAAGAAAGUGGUGAUUUAUUGAUGUACUACAAGAAGCAAUCCCACAGAGAGGUUUUUCCAAAGAAACUUUGACUUCUGUACCAUGGAAAUACUAAAGGACAAAGUAAAGCAACCAUGAGCUGAGAAACCAACUUCAGUCAUAAUCUUUUACCUCAAAUUACAAUUCAAAGUCAGGCUGUGAACUCUUGUCCAGCAAGUAUCUACUAAGGAGUGCGGUUUUAUAUAUCUGCCACCUGUAUGUUGGAUUUGCCUGUGUAAAGAUAAUUCUCCUUAAGGAUGUCAUUAAAAUGAUCAUCAUGAGAUACCUGAACAUUAUCUCAAGGACCAGAAUAAAAGCUGAGGUUAUUAUCAUGAUGUGAAGGAGCAUUUUCAUGCUCCUUCUGAGCCAGUAAGGUGUUGAACCUAUUUAAAGAUUUAGGAUUUGCAGGUGUAUGUUUGUUUUUGGCUUUAAAGACUGAAGAAGCAGACCAUUUUUUGAAGAAAGUUGAUUAGAUGUUGACUUUUCUUGUAAUAGUGUGUUAAUUUGGGUUUUGCCUUUUCUCUUUAGGAAAGUAUUCUAUUUGUGUUUGGAUGUUUGUUAAAUUUUAGAAUUUUAUUUCUUUAUAAAUCUUACUACUUUAUGGUCCUUUGAUAAUUGCUAAUAGAAGAUGGAUUAAAAGCUAUCA